GAGCCAGUAACCAAGAGGGAGGCAGCCUAGAGGCCCAGUGGAGGAAAACUUACCAUGAACUUAGUGAUUCACUUAUUCCUUGAGGACAGUACCUAUGUUCACCCAAGAGCACUCCCUGAAGGAGAUGGAUUGUGAAGGAUGUUCUAAAGAGACUCAUCUCAGGGGACAAGCCAGUUGCAGGUGGUGAUCACAGACGUAGAGACCCCGGAGGAGUUUUAUGGCAUUCCAGGCAGGACGGAGGCCAGCACUGGGGAAAAGCAAGAAUAAGAACUGGGAAAAGGAGGAGCCCUACCAGAAAGUCAUUCCUGAGAGAAACAAUGGGCCUGAGCAGUAGCCUGCCUGACCAGGAGCCAGCUGAGCCCUACACACCUCAAGAGGAACGCCGACCUUGUACCAUGGACACCUGCCAGGUUGAAAGGAUUGUUGACAAAAGAAAAAACAAGAAAGGGAAGACGGAGUACCUGGUGCGGUGGAAGGGCUACGACAGCGAGGAUGACACCUGGGAGCCUGAGCAGCACCUGGUGAACUGCGAGGAGUACAUCCACGACUUCAACCGGCGCCACUCCGAGAAGCAGAAGGAGAGCGCACUCACCCGGACCAACAGGACCUCUCCCAACAAUGCCAGGAAGCAGAUUUCCAGGUCCACCAACAGCAGCUUCUCCAAGACCUCGCCGAAGGCGCUCGUGAUCAGCAAGGACCCCGAGUCCAAGAGCAGUGCGCUGCUUGCGGCCAGCCAGAAGUUCAGGAAAAACACAGCCCCCUCCCUGUCCAGCCGGAAGAACAUGGACCUUGCCAAGUCAGGUAUCAAGAUCCUUGUGCCUAAGAGCCCCAUUAAGAGCAGGACCGCAGUGGACGGCUUUCCGAGCGAGAGCCCUGAGAAACUGGACCCCGUCGAGCAGGGUCCCGAGGACACGGUGGCACCAGAAGUGGCAGCAGAGAAGCCCGUGGGAGCUUUGUUGGGCCCUGGUGCAGAGCGAGCCAGGAUGGGGAGCAGGCCCCGAAUACACCCGCUGGUGCCUCAGGUGUCGGGCCCUGUGACUGCAGCCAUGGCCACGGGCUUGGCCGUUAACGGAAAAGGUACGUCUCCGUUCAUGGACGCGCUCACAGCCAAUGGAACAACCAACAUACAGACAUCUGUUACAGGAGUGACAGCCGGGAAAAGGAAAUUUAUUGACGACAGAAGAGACCAGCCUUUUGACAAGCGCUUGCGUUUCAGUGUGAGGCAAACAGAGAGUGCCUACAGAUACAGAGACAUUGUCGUCAGGAAGCAGGAUGGCUUCACCCACAUCUUGUUGUCCACAAAAUCAUCAGAGAAUAACUCACUAAAUCCAGAGGUCAUGAAAGAAGUCCAGAGUGCUCUGAACACGGCCGCUGCCGACGACAGCAAGCUGGUGCUGCUCAGCGCAGUCGGCAGUGUCUUCUGCUGCGGUCUCGACUUUAUUUAUUUCAUACGGCGUCUCACAGAUGACCGGAAAAGAGAAAGCACUAAAAUGGCCGAGGCGAUCAGAAACUUCGUGAAUACUUUCAUUCAGUUUAAGAAGCCUAUUAUUGUAGCAGUAAAUGGCCCAGCCAUUGGACUAGGAGCGUCCAUAUUGCCUCUUUGUGAUGUGGUUUGGGCUAAUGAAAAGGCUUGGUUUCAAACACCCUAUACUACCUUCGGACAGAGUCCAGAUGGCUGUUCGACCGUUAUGUUUCCCAAGAUUAUGGGAGGAGCAUCUGCAAAUGAGAUGUUGCUCAGUGGGCGGAAACUGACAGCGCAGGAGGCGUGCGGCAAGGGCCUGGUUUCCCAGGUGUUUUGGCCAGGGACGUUCACCCAGGAAGUCAUGGUUCGCAUCAAGGAGCUCGCCUCUUGUAACCCAGUUGUGCUGGAGGAGUCCAAGGCCCUGGUGCGCUGUAACAUGAAGCUGGAGCUGGAGCAGGCCAACGAGAGGGAGUGCGAGGUGCUGAAGAAGAUCUGGGGCUCAGCCCAGGGCAUGGACUCCAUGCUGAAGUACUUGCAGAGGAAGAUUGAUGAGUUCUGAGGGACAGCCCCGCGUGGAGGACCCUUGAGCUGCUCGGAGCGGGGCGUCGGCUCCCGGUGCCACAGCCCAUCCUCACGGCCCAAAACACAUUCACCCGUAGCUCAUCCUUGGAAGCAGGACUAGAAACAUCCAAGCUAUUUAUUUCAGAGGAGUUUUUAAGUCCUGUACCUUUAAAAUAAAUAACUACAAAGCUCUUUUGUCCAAACAUUAUUUUGUACUUCUCCACACACGUAUAAAGGCACAGUGGCAGGCCCUAGACUGCUCUCCGAAGCUCUCGUUUUUGUUUCCUUUGGCUAGUACUGUACAAAAGAAGAAUUAUGUUUCAUUCAUUUGGGUGACAGGAAAGUCUGGAAUAAUGUUUGUUUUCCUCAUCCUUCCCUACUACAAGGCAUAGGAGCCAGCCUCACCUCUGCCCCACAUAGAGAUACAAAGCUUGGGAUGUUCCUCUGUCUCCGAGGAGGCAGUGCAGACACUUCAGAGAUGCAGAAUUCUAAAUCAGAAGCAAAACGUACCUUCUGGGAAAAGGAUUUCCCAGGACAGGCUCAGCAGGCACUGAGGACCCAUGCUGUAGGACCAGCAGGUUCUCCUUCCUCACAGUCCACUUCUUACCCAGUUAACAUGAAGAAACCACUGUCUAGGGGAAAGCCUGUUGUGCAGUAUUAGUGAGUCACUGACUAGGAUAAGAAUGAGUUAAGUUAUAAGUUAGUUUUAGUGGGUUUUAAAUAGCUUUUCUGACCCUUUUGAAAAAUAACUCCAUUAAGUGCUUCUUGUUACUGGGUGAGAAAUACUACUUUAUAUACAGUUUUGGUUUUCUAUCUGCAGAUACGAUUGAUGUAUUACACCAAAAAAAAGUAUUUUUAUGUUUAUAAAGUGUAAUUUUUAGGUUCACUUAGAAUAUAUUUUAUUUAAUAAGUUAAAAUUCUUUUUGGCACACUAUUAAAUACAGAAACUCCUUUCCAAACAAAAAGAACUACCUUCUAUUCGACACUUCUGUCCUCGGCCCCUGCUUCUCCAUCCGAGAGCGCCUGCAGGAUGGGCACCACGCCCCCUGCAGGAAUGGGGCUGAAUCCUGGCUGCAGGAGCCCGUGCAUAGCUGGGCUUCUGGGUUUGCAAUCACAUUGAAUGUAUGAAGAAUGAAAUGAAAUCAGUACCUUAUUUUUGUACAGUUUUGAAGUUUAUACUUAGAACUGACCGCCUCCCUGGCCACAUGGAGAGCUGUACAGUGUAUAAAUCUGCCUUUACCUUGGAUUGAUUGGUACAGUAUUUUUGCAUCUGUGGGACCUACUUUUUCGUUCAGUAGUUUGAACUAUAUAUAAACUGUACAAUCUGUAAAGUUUUUAUAGAAUAAAUAUUCAGCUGUGAAAACUGGUUAAAUAAACUAAUAUUUCUUAACACCUUG